AUGAUUCCGCCGCUGUUUUCUUCUUUCGGCUUUUUGUUUCCCUUCAAAAUUCUCCAUUCGUUUGACGUCGUUGUUCAGCAGCAGCAGCAGCAGCAGCGAUUGAUGACAAAGAAGAAUAAGAAGAAGAAGAAGAAGAGCCUGUUGCUUGGACUCUUAUGUUACGUUGUCUUGGGUUAUGAAUACAAAAGUUUACCAAAUAUUAUAUAUACAUACAUACAUACAUACAUACAUAUACCAUACAAAUUAAUAUUGCGUGGUGUGUAUGCAAUGGGGUUGUGUGGCUCAAAAGAACAGGCUGGCUCUGCAGCAAAUGCUACCAAUACCAAUAACAAUAACACCGCGACAAAGAAGAAGGAGAAGUCUACAACGCCAGCUUCUGAUCCCUCGAACAAGAAGGACAAUUCUUCAAAAGAAUCACCCAAGAAUGAAAACUCAAACAACAACGGUAUAACUGCAAAAAUCGAUGCAAACAACUCUCUGACCAACACAAAGAAUGAAGAAAUUAAAGUUUUGUUGCUUGGUGCUGGUGAAUCUGGUAAAUCUACCAUUUUACAACAGCUGAAAAUCCUGCGUCAAAAUGGGUACACUGAAAAGGAACUGAUAGGUUAUAUCCCAAUCAUCUACAAUAACCUUUUUGAGAUUGGUAGAGAUCUUAUCAAUGCAAGAACCAAAUCAGGAAUAGAUAACCAGUUAGAUAAUUUGUCUGCUGAAGAGAUCGAAUCCUUUAUUAACUACGACUUCAGUUUGAAUUCUAACUUACAGAAUAAUAAUAAUAAUAACAAAAACAAAAACAACAACACUAAAGAAAGGCAGGGAACCCAAGAAGAUGAAAAAAAUCACGACAAUGACAAUAUAAUCUCCAAUUUACAAUGUUUCCAAUUCCCGUCUGAGUUUGUGCCCAUCUUAACUAAAUUAUGGGAAUCUCCAAGAACACAGGAAUUGAUCAAUGGGCCAGACUCCUCGCAAUUCUAUUUAAUGGACUCAGCUCCUUAUUUCAUGGAAAAAUCUAAUCUCUUAAGAAUCACUUCAGACAAAUAUAUACCUUCUCUACAAGACAUCUUACGUUCAAGACAGAAAACCUCCGGUAUCUUUGAUACUCAUGUUAACAUGGGCUCUAACCUGAAACUGCACUUUUUUGAUGUUGGUGGGCAAAGAUCUGAACGUAAGAAAUGGAUCCACUGUUUCGAUAACGUGACACUUGUAAUAUUUUGUGUAUCACUAUCUGAAUAUGAUCAAUUCCUGGUCGAGGAUUCAGAACAGAAUAGGUUCCAGGAAUCCCUGGUGCUGUUCGACAAUAUUGUAAACUCAAGAUGGUUUUCAAGAACUUCAAUAGUACUAUUCUUAAAUAAAAUAGAUCUGUUCGCUGAAAAACUUAAAAGAAAACCGUUGGAGAACUAUUUCCCAGACUAUAAUGGGGGUGAUGAUAUCAACAAGGCUACAAAAUAUAUUCUUUGGAGAUUUGUUCAAUUGAAUAGAGCUAAUCUAAAUAUAUAUCCACACGUUACCCAAGCUACAGAUACCACAAAUAUUAAAUUGGUGUUUGCUGCUAUUAAAGAAACCAUACUGGAAAAUAGUUUAAAGGAUACUGGGAUGUUACAAUAA